AUGGCGGAUGGUUCGUUCCAGAAUCAUCCUGCGGUGGGUUUCCUGAUGAUGCGCCAACUCGCUCUCCCCUUUCGGUUUUCAUCUGCGCUCUGGGCGUUUUAUCUCAUUAUGUUAGGUGUGGUGGUUGUACUGCUAAGACAGAUUUGGAUACAAACUGCUGUAUUUCCGUUAAUUGAAAAAUUAAUGGAAAGGGGUGAGAGCCCGGUUGGAAAAAAAUAUAUGUUUCCUCUUUUGCAAGUAUUGAUUAUAAAGGAGUGCCCUAAACUGUUGCAGUUGCCAUUUGCAAGCCAGAUUGUUUACCCAUCAGAUCAAGACAGGAAUAGUGAUUGGUUUCCCAAACUGCAAGUGCUUCAGAUAGAGAAGUGUCCACAACUGUUGUUAGUGGCUCAUAUCCCAUGGACUGAAACUCUGCGUAUUGUGAGCAUAAGUGAUGUAAAGCUACUGGAAAAUCUUUACUACUCAACAAAUCCCCCCGUUGGAUGCAUGUUGAAUAUUACUGGAAAGGAUGAUUUGCAGAGCUUAGAUGAGGUGGUAGCAUUCAACAAGCUGGCAUGCCUUGAAAGUCUGGUACUUCACAAUGGCCCACCUCUGCAGUCAGGGCACCUUCUGCUGUUGACCUCACUGAAGAUGUUGACGGUAGAGGGUUCAGAUGGUGUGAUUGUAGAGGCUUCAGAGGGUGAUAUGGAAUGGCAGCACCCCCUUGAGCAUCUUGAGGUCCAGGGCGAGGAAUCAUAUGGGAGGGAAUUGACAGAGCUCCUCACCCACCUGCCAAGCCUCUCCCAAUUGGAAAUCGUAGAAUGUGAAAAGAUAACACAACUAGCAGUGGGGUUGGAUGUGCAACAAACAACAUCAGCAGCAGCAGCUACGGAGGUGGAUGAGAAAGAUGAAGAUGAUUCUGGGCUGCUACUCUUGCCUGCCCAUCUCUCUGACUCACUGCAGGUGUUGGGCAUCCACAGUUGUCCAGAGCUGGUCCUGGUGGACUCCCCUUCAAGUUUUCUUCCGGCCAGAGGAGGAGCAGGAGGAGGGCUCCAGGCCCUGCGGUCCCUCCACAAUCUACAAAUUUCAGUCUGCCCAAAGAUACUAUCCGCAAAGAGUUCUUCAUCCUGCUGCCCUUUUCCAUCCUCUCUGCGACACCUUGGUGUUCAGGGUGUGGAAGGCACGGGGACCAUGGGGCCUCUCCUUACUGCCGGGGGACAGCUCAUAGAUUUAAACAUUGUUGGCAGCCCUGGAUUCUUUGCUGGAUGUGAACAGGAGUUGCAACAGCAGCAGCUCCGGAAUAGAGGAAAAGAGCAGGAACUGCAGCAGCUUGUUUCGCCCAUGAAUGGAUGCAAACUGCAGGAGCUCUAUACGGAUGAUGCCAUGAGACUCUUAUCUGUGCCCAUCUGCAACCUCCUGUCUUCCUCCCUCAGCAUCCUGUGCUUCUCUGGCAACCAAGAGAUGGAGUGCUUUACUAAGGAACAAGAGGGUGCCCUUCACCUGCUCGUCUCCCUCCAGAAACUAAAGUUUUGCAACUUGAGCAAGCUUCAGAGCCUCCCUGCAGGGCUGCAAAAGCUCACCAACCUCAAGGAAUUAUCGGUCUACUCAUGCCCGGUUAUCCGGUCGCUACCAGAGGAUGGCCUCCCUAAAUCACUUCAAAAAUUAAAUGUCUGGAAUUGUGGCAGCGCGGAGCUAAAACAGCAGUGUGAGGAGUUAGUGGGAACCUUCCCAAAAAUAAUCCUGCAACUGCAAGACUUAUAAAAGGUCUCUGCCUUGGAGUUCCCGUGUACAUUCUUCUAGCCUUGUACACUUGUCACAUAGAUGAAGGUCUUGUGGCCAGCUUCUUGUACAUA